AUGGCCGCAUACUUUUAUGAAGCAUCUCACGAAGAUUGGUCUCUUGAUGGUUUGGCUGAGUGGUGUGCCAUUAAUAUUUCAUGCGAUAAGAAAAAGCUUUUGGAUAGCAUGAAAAAGGUUAUUCAGGACAUGAAAAGUGCUUCUAUCUCCGAGGCUGCCAGACUAAAGGCUAAUUCUUUGCAGGAAAAACUAGAGGAAAAUUUGAGGGAAAUAAAAGAAAAAGAAGCCAUUCAACUGGCACAGAUAAAAAGUCAUGAAACUGUACAGCUUGCGGAAAUAAAGUCAAAAAAUUUGCAAGAACAUACCGUUACAGUAAUGAAUUUUCAUAAGAACAUUGCUAAUGAUCUCACUACUGUUGAUCGUAAACGAAAAGAAAGUGAACCGAAUAAAGAUGAGGAACUAACUCCAAAUGAAAGACGUACAUGCGAUUAUAGUUCUGGUAGUGAAAGCGAGGAAAAUGACGAAACUGAAAAGGUUGACGAUGAUUCGGAUGACUGGGGAGAAAUUAUUAAUUGUAAAGACUUUUCUUUUGAUGUGUGGAUUGAUACAUAUACUCUAAUAAAAAUUACACGUCAGAAAAUUGAAGAGGCAAAUCAAUUAGCAAAAACAAUUCCUAGGCCUACUGUGAACCGAAAGAUAGAUUUAAGGGUAUUGUCUAUUGACAGUAAUGUCGAUUUGUCACAUUCUGAAUUUGCGUGUAAAGCAACACCAAUAAAAGUAAUCAAAGAUCGCAGCAAAUGCAUAAGAACUAAUAAAUGCAUAUUGGAUGCUUAUCUCAUGCAUAACCUUCCUGAAGAGGCAAUUGAAAACUCUACCUUUUAUGGAUUACAAUCAGCUG